AUGGCUGAAACUACUGCCGCAUCCACGAAGCCUGUCCACACAAUCGUGCUGGACGCUGGCCCGAUUCUCAAGAAUACCCCGCCGCUUUCAACCCUCCUUGCCCAGUGCGACGAAAUUAUCACCACCCCCUCCGUGGUGAGCGAGAUCCGCGACCCCGAUGCCCGCGCACGCGUUGAGACCCUUUACCUGCCUUUCUUAAAGCAGCGAUCCCCUACACCCAAGAGCUUCAAUAUUAUCAGCGAAUUCGCUCGCAAAACCGGUGACCGUUCUGUCCUGAGUAGAACCGAUAUUGAGGUCCUCGCGCUUGCCUACGAAAUUGAGUGCGAAAAGAAUGAAGGAGAUUGGCGGCUAAGAAGCGUGCCUGGCCAGAAGAGAAUCAAUGGAAAGCCGCCUGUUAAGGAGGAAUCCGAGGAGGCCAAGCCCGAGGACGCGGAGGUGGAAGCCAUUACGGAGGGCGUGAAAGAGACCACAGUGACAGACGUCCAGAAGGAGUCUCCUACGGAGAAAGAAACUGCUGCAGCCAACGAUGCUGACGAAAUCGCCGAGGUUGAUGUUGCGGUUGCUGAUGAAGAAGAGAAGGAUGAAGAUGUGGAUGCGGAUGAUGCUGCUGAUUCUGAUGACGGAGAAUGGAUCACACCCUCAAACUACAAAAAGCGUCUCGCUGAGGAUGAGUCGGGGACAGCGACUCUUACUGCUGCGCCCAAGACAAUGCAGGUUGCGACGAUGACCACGGAUUUCGCCGUAAGUACCCCCCCCAUAACAUCUUUCUAUCGUCCACUCACUCAUCCUGUACAGUGUCAAAAUGUUCUGCUGCAAAUGAACCUCAAUCUUCUGUCUACCACCACCCUCCAGAAGAUUCAACAUCUUAGAACCUUCAUCAAGCGCUGCCAUGCCUGCUUCUUGACCACAAAGGAGAUGAACAAGCAGUUCUGCCCUCGCUGUGGCAAGGAUACUCUCACUCGUGUCUCAUGCACGACCACUGCAAACGGCGCUUUCACAAUGCACCUGAAGAAGAACAUGCAGUGGAACAAGCGCGGCAAUGUAUACAGCGUCCCCAAACCGAUCGCAGGUAGCGCCAACGGCAAAUGGAAGGGCGGCGGUGGCCAGCGAGGAUGGGGCACCGAGCUCGUUCUUGCCGAAGAUCAGAAGGAGUAUGUCCGCGCCAAUGAGGAAGAAGCGCGGCGGCAGCGUCGUGAGCGUGAUCUCAUGGACGAGGACUACCUGCCUGGUAUCUUGACCGGCGAGCGCAAUAGGGCUGGCGGUCGUACUAAGGUCGGUGCUGGCCGCAACGUCAACUCGAAGAAGCGCUAA